AUGCGACCUCAACGACUUGCGGUCCUGCUAGUGAUCGCCAUCCUAGCCGGUCUUUCCAUCGUCCUUCUACGGAGGCAGAACGAGCAGGAAGAGCCUCCCGAGGAAUUGCUGGCGGGCUUGCAGCCGCCCUCGUCCUCGUUCAAUGAUGCCCCCCCCGUAGGGGCGAACACCCCCUCCUCCUCGUUGUCGUCCGGUCUGGAUCGACAGCACCCGAUCUCCAAGCUCAUCCGCAAUGCCGGCCGCGAGUUCGAUGCCCUGCGGGCCGGCCAGUCGCGCACACUGGCCGACGCGGUCAAGGAGUACCGCCGCCGAUAUCAGAUGCACCCGCCGCCGCACUUUGACAAGUGGUUCGAGUUUGCCCAGAAACGCGGCGUCAAGCUGAUCGACGAGUACGACACCAUCUACCAUGCCCUGCUGCCCUUCUGGGCCCUCGAGCCACGCAUCAUCCGCGAACGCGCCCGCGAGGCGAUCGGCUUUGACAAUGCCAUGAUAGGCCUCCUGGUCAGGGAUGGCAAGGUGACCUUCGUGGACGGUGGCGGUGACGGCCGCCUGUGGCAGCGCGAAGCCACCGCGGGGAUGAUGGAAAAAUUUGUGGAGUUCCUGCCGGACAUGGAUCUGGUCUUCAACACCCACGACGAGCCACGCGUGAUCGUGCCCAGCGAUGAUCUCGGUCGGCUAGUUCGCAAGGCUCAGGAACAGGCCAUUCCUGCCGCCGCGGCGAACACGGCCCCGACCAAGAAAUGGUCGGCGCGCCCGUCGGAUAUGAACCGCGGCGACCGCAUUGAUGAGGUGCGGACCACCCGCUUCAAUCGCUUCGCUCACCAGCCCACUUGGACCAACUCGCGUGCCUCCUGUCCUGCCGACAGUCCCGCGCGAUCGCUUGACGAGAAUACCCCGGACCAGACGGACGUGUUUGCAUACGGAGACCUGGGCUUCCUCUACAACACAACCGCCUAUUCAGACAUCUGUUUCUCCCCGUCGCUCCAGCGAACCUUUGGUUUCUUCGAUCGGCCCAACGCCUUUGACGUCGUGCACGAUCUGUUCCCCGUCUUCUCCCAGAGCAAGAUCUCCAGUUUCCAGGAUAUCCUGUACCCGAGUCCUUGGUAUUGGGCGGAUAAGGUGCCAUACGAUGAGGAGAAAGACGUUAGUUGGGAGGAAAAGGGGGAGAAGAUGUACUGGCGCGGCUCGACGACCGGGGGCUUCUCUCGCUCCGGGGGCUGGCGCCGACAGCAUCGUCAGCUGUUGGUUCAACACAUCAACGCACCCGGUUCCGUCAACAUUCUCGCUAAGAAUGGCGAGGGCUAUUGGGAGACCAAGGAGGUGCGCCGCCGCGACUACGGCAACUACUUUGACGUCAAGUUCACCUUCAUCGGCCAGUGUGACCCGGACGACUGUGCCGCCCAGGAGGAGUUCUUCGAGGUAGUCGAGCCCGCAGGGCAACAGGAUGCGUGGGCAUACAAACAUCUGGUGGACAUUGACGGGAACGCCUUCAGCGGCCGGUAUUACGCCUUCUUGCUGAGCAACAGCCUGGUCUACAAGGUGGCCAUCUUCCGGGAAUGGCAUGAUGAAUGGCUGAAACCGUGGGUGCACUUUGUGCCCCUGAGCUUGGGAGGCAGUGAGCAUGUCGAAGCGAUUCGAUACUUUGCCCUGGAAGACGAAGCGCGCGAUCGGUUCUGGAAUCUGUCCAAGACUCCCAACGGACUGGCACAUCGGUUCCUGACGCUGCGGAAUGGCGUCAAGCUACAUUAUCUGGCGAGCGAAGUAGCAGGCCCGACAACGGAAAACAAACCACUGGUGAUUUUCAUCCAUGGGUUUCCCGAUAGUUGUGCGUUAUGGCGGUACGUGCUGGAUUCGUCGUCGUCGUCUUCCCUUCGCGACGCUGCCGUGUUGAUCGCGCUGGAUUUGCCCGGGUAUGGAGGGAGCGAUAGCCUGGACCGGUACUCUGCGACGAAUGUGUUGGAGAGUGUGACUGAGUUUGUUCUCUCGGUGCGGGCCAUGUACGGCAUUGAUAGCGAUGAAGCCGAUGUUCUGGUCCACAGAAAGAGAAGAACCAUCAUCGUCGCCCAUGACUGGGGGUGUGUGAUUUCCAUGCGGCUGGCAGCUGAGGCACCGCAGCUGGCGGAUCGGUUCAUUCUGACAAAUGGGCCAUUGCCCAGCCUGGUAAAAUCCAAUGCCACCCGACUCCUCUCUUCGUCAUCGAAAAUGCUCAAAACUUCCUGGCGCUCCCCGAUACAGUCGUCAGCCACGCUGCGCAAGGCUCUCAGUACCAUUAAACCCAUCCUCCGACAAUCGCUGCUCUCCGGGUACAUGUUUGCCUUCCACUUGCCCAUGCCACUGGUCCGGUAUCUUGGGGUCGGAGGAAACUAUUCGCUUCUGAGGGGCUCCCACAAGCUAUCCUACGGUGGCAGAGACAUCACCAUCCAGGAAGCUGCCGAGAGCAUGGCCGGCACGCUCGGCCCCUCGGUCGAGGAAGCCAAAACCGAGACCGCCGGCGGCGAAACGUACCCGGACUCGGUGCGGAAAGAGCGGGCGCUGGCCAAUUUCGAGCACAUGACUCGCUAUUAUCGCGAGGGGGCCGCCAUCGGUCGUUGGCGCAAGUCCCUCGAGACCAUAACCGGCCUGCACGCCAUCGGGGACGGGCACGAGAUGCGCCGCACAAGCAGUGGUGCCGGGGUCUUCGAUGACGGGCCCGAAGGCGUGCUCAAGGCGAACACCACCAUUCUCUGGGGCCGUCACGAUAAAUUCCUUGAGCCUCAGCUUUGCCUCGAUGGCAUCGCCGAUUACCUCGUGCCGGGGAGCCAUCUCGUCUUACUCCCCCGCUCUGGCCAUUUCACCCCGAUCGAGCGCGAGAGCCAGGUCGCCCUUGCAAAGGCCGUCGAGUGGGCCGUCAAGGGCGAGCAGGAAGACAUUGGCGCGACUGUAUACGAUGAUGUGAUAUCGGUCCAACCGAUCGUCAAUGGCACGCCUGCAAACCUCUGGCUUAUGAAUCGGCCCGACUUGAUCUCGACCUUCACCAAGGUCGAGAUCUGGCGCCAGACCCAGUUCCGUCGCAUUGUGUACAUCGACAGCGACGUGGUGGCCCUCCGGGCCCCGGAUGAGCUGUUUGCUCUGGAUGUGGACUUUGCGGCGGCCCCGGACGUCGGCUGGCCAGACUGCUUCAAUAGCGGGGUGAUGGUCCUACGGCCCAACCUACAGGACUACUAUGCUCUGCGGGCGCUUGCCGAUCGAGGGAUUAGUUUCGACGGCGCCGACCAAGGCCUGCUGAACAUGCAUUUCACCAACUGGCAUCGCCUGAGCUUCACCUACAACUGCACGCCUAGCGCGAACUAUCAGUACAUCCCCGCGUACAAACACUUCCAGGCCACGAUCAGCCUGAUCCAUUUCAUUGGCGCUCAGAAGCCUUGGAACCAGCCGAGACAGGUGCUUCCAAACGAGUCACCCUAUAAUCAGCUAUUAGGGAGAUGGUGGUCCAUUUACGACAGGCAUUAUCGUGCUGUACCGGAUGAACGCCUUGCUCAAGGAGAUCAUGCUUCGGUUUAUUCGCUCAGUUCACAGCCGACAUCUCACAUGGUCUCCUAUCAUCACGGCUCGGGUGUUAAGACAGUCUCUGGGGCUCAUGAAUACCAAUCAUCUGUUCCACAGAGGCCAGUGUCACAAUCUACGGAAGAUCGAGUAGUACAUAUGGACGUAGGAGGACAGACAGUACAUGCGGUUUCACAACACUCUUCUGUACUAGACCAAACCUGGCUACCUAUCCGGAAUGUCGUUGCUCAAUAUGUCCAUGCAUCCGAGCAUGUUACCCCCACGGAUGGACCGAAUCCUCGUCCUCAUCAUCACCAAGCACCACCCUCCCACCACACGGAGAAUCAUGGAGCACCACCAUCCUUCAACGCACCAUCGGUACACCUAGAUCUGUCGGGGCCUGACUCGACAAAUCUAUCUGGAUCUGUUCCUCACACGCAGGAGCCCCCGCCGCAUCCAGCGAGUUCUCCAGCUGCCGAGUCUCCAUGCUUUGAGCCACCAAAAACCGAAUGGGAUGCGUCUCGAGAGCCGCCGCCUCUUCAUUCAAAGCCCGAGGGUAUAGCGUUAGAGAAGCAAACGUACACCAUGUCGGAGGAUAUACAACUAUUUCAACCGCCGCCAUCGUAUCCGGAGGCCCCCAAAAACAUGUACUAUAAUGUGCCGGUUGAAAAACCAGAGCCUCAGAGGAUCUCACAACUGUUCCCAUGGGAGAACCGAGCGCCCAAGGCGACACGGGUCUUCCUGGAUGAUGUCAAAGCUUACGACAGCAGCAGCAGCAGCAUCGUUGACAGCAACAACCCCGCCAAAGGACCCGUGGAAUCUAGACAGACGUUAGCCACAGAGCUGGCUUCGGGGAUAUAUGAUGCAGGGCUAUCAGAGGCAGGGCUGUCAGAGUCCUGGCAGACGUAUUCCCGGAUGAACGCGUGGGACGAGGUGCCAGAGAUCCAGCGAUAUAUCCAGUCCGUGCAGCAAGCGCGGAAGGGACACGUCCAGGUGAUCUCCUCUUCUUCUUCUGCUGCGGGAGCAGAAGGGACGACAGGGCUGGGCAUCCGGGUGACCGACUUCCCGGACGAGACGGAACGGCCCAGUCUGCCGGUGACCCCGGCCCCAAGGCGACGAUCAUCAGCCUGGGACGGGGUGGACGAGCAAGAAGAAGACCAGCAGCAGUACCAGCGACAGCACCUUCCCGCCGCACAGGGGGUUCCAAACCAGGCGGAUUGGGUGGGUUUCACGGUUGAUAAUCCGUUAGCCCGGCUCGAGGAGCUGCAACGGCGGCUGCAGAAGCUUCAGGCUGUCGACCGCUAG